ACGUCAGAAGUUUUCGUUAACUGUGAUGUGAUGAAAAUGAUAUUCAGAAGAGCAGGAAAAAAAUUUAGACCCGUGGGCCGGCUUGAAAAGGUCUCCGGGACAGGUGUAUUGGGGUGCACCUGUUGCUCCUUAUUAGGGCCAGGACAGCUGGCCCUUGGAACAGCAAAGCUUCCGGCGUGCAGGUCAACGGCAAGGGCGCGGCGGUGUGAUAAAACAGUUUAGAAUCAAGAGGUGCGGGGAGCGACCUCGUCCAAGGCUGGCAGUGCGGCAGAAGCGGCGGCGGCCCGUUACCUUACGGUGUUGAGCUGCCACAACGGGUCUCCGCUCUCCGCCCCGCGCGCCGCCCAGUCAGUGGGUUAGUGGUGGCUUCCCCCGCCUCCAACGCUGGGAGGCAGCACCCAGCCUCUAGUACUGCUGCUUCGGCUGGUGCUGGCGAGCUGCGGGCCAACCUGACGCUGGAGGGCCGCAGCAACCUGGCGGGAGGCGCGCCAGCAAGUGAAACUUGCCGGCCCAUCGGCAGACGCGAGGUGGCGGGUUUUCCCUUUUAGUAUCGGCCCGUAUGUAGGUCAGGCUUUUAGUUUCGCUUUUACAGUGGUAUGCGAUGGUCGGGCCCGUGUCUGCUGCGAGCGUGUGUGAGGCGCGCCCCUGCCCGUGACCACCACGGCCCUCUCUUGACUUCAGUACCUUCUGGUGCAGUGUGGUGAGCCGUCGGGGCAGUGUUCAAGUGUACAUACAGUGUAACUCCCGGCCACUGGUGCAGCCACUGGAAGUGUUGUGGUACGAACCUUUGCGGUGCGAGCGGAUUACUGUGUGACCUGUAACUAUUGUCAACACAAGAGACCCUGCACAGGACCCGGCACAGGACACACUCAAGGAGGAGACUGCUGGCGGAUACCCUCCUCCUCCUCCUCCUCCUUCUCUUCCUCCUCCUCCUCCUCCUCCAGACCGGACAGACAGCGACCCCAGAGACCACAGGCAGAGUGCUGAGGAGCCGAGCUGACCUGUCCUGCACCUCCCUCCCCCCCGCCCGUCAGCACCUGGACGCCCCGGCCCCAGGGAAGUGGACCCCCGCCACCAUGGAUGUCAGCCCCACCAUCCCCGACCACUUCAAGGCUGACCUCUUUGACCUCGUCUCGUGCACGGAAUACGACUUGAAUGGCGGUGCGCUGGGCGCCGAGUGCUGGCAGCUGGACGACCUGGUGACCCGGAAUAUCAACAACAACAACAACAACGCCGUCAGUGUCGGGGAAGUGAUGGCUCCUACCUGGUCCUAUGGGAGUUACCCUGAACUUCCCUCCUCGACGUCCACCUCCAUGGGCGUGCUGAGCCACGACAAGGAGAAGGAGACCAGCGACAAGAUGUGGGGCGGCGGCGGCACGACUGAGAAGGUGGUGAACAGUGCCACCGGCAACACCAUCAUCAUCACCUUCCCCUCCUCCGAGGGCCGUCCCUCCGACGGCUCCGAGGCCGCCUACAACCCCUCGCCGCCCAUGGUGGAGCCCAACAACCUUGAGCUUUUCAACUCCAUCCUCAACGAGAAGCCUUACGAAGGUCUGGUGUCUCACAACCACCGCUCGCCGGCUUCCGACUGCGUCUCGUACGUCAGCGCCUGCUCUGGCUACAGCGAUUCUGGGAUAUCGACGUCACUGGAGGACACAGCCUCCCCUAACGAGGGCGGCCACGGACACGAACACGUCGACUUUGAGCGACUGGUAGACUCCGCUGUCGACUCCCUAGUGUACUCCCCCGGGACCGGCGCUCUGGCCCCCGUCGAAGACCCUCAGGGCAUGGAUGGCGUCAACGCGGCGUACAUGACUCCCGCGCCGAUGCCUUACUCCACGCACGUCACUCAGAGCAGCGACGUGUCUUCCAUCCUGGAAGGGGCGCUGAGAGGCACAGUGCGUCGGCCGGCCGGUCCUUCUCAGCUGCCGCCCCUCACCAAGAUUUCUGAAGCUAAGACGCUCACACUGAUGUCCAAUAUGACACCUUUGCCGCCCCUGACCUCGGCCUUCAAAGCAGAGCAGCUAAACGGCGUCGGAGGGUCAACGCAGAUCAGCAGCAGCAAUGGCAUGUACGUGACGACGGGCUACGACUACCACCCUACUCCAACUGAGGAGUACACCAGCCUGGACGCCUCCUUCACCAAACUCUCCACGACCACCCCUCAGAAGCCCGACCAGUCAGACCAAAAACCUAAAAAGCGCAAGUACACCAAGCGCGCGGCAGGGGAGGAGCCGACCGUGAAGGGCCGCCUCCUCCACUUCUGCCACAUCUGCAGCAAAGGCUUCAAGGACAAGUACAGCGUCAACGUCCACAUCCGCACCCACACCGGGGAGAAGCCCUUCAACUGCGAGCUGUGCGGCAAGUGUUUCCGGCAGAAGGCGCACCUGGCCAAGCACGUCCAGAUCCACAGUGCGCCCAAGCCACCGGGGAAGAGGUGAGCGUCGCGGCGCACGCCCGACCCAAGAUUCCUUCAGCCCCGUGCAGCGCUGGGCCGCGCCGGGUAGCGUCUGACCGAGCCGGGCCGUGGUCCCGGCCUCGACGAAUGUCUCACUGUCGUACCUGCUCCUCGUUCUUAAGCCGUCUUUUGCGUUAUUUACAGCUUCGUAUUGUUAGAAGGAUAAGGGAAUCGAGAAAUUAACAAUGUAUAAUCUAUGGUGCAGUCAAUACUCAUGUUUGUAAAUAGUCACUAACCUGUCUAUUAAGUUCUGCUGUCGCGCAGCCUCGUGUGUGGCGAGAACGGCACACCAGUGUUCCACUUGUUACGCCUGACUCAAGAUUACAAGAUUCACCACUAGCUGGCUAGUGUCACACACACACACACACACACACACACACACACAAGCACACACACAUGCACAUGCCCUACUCCCCACAAACAAACAUUCACUCCCACAGUUACACACACACACACACACACAAACACACACACACACACACACACACACACACACACACACACAUGCCCCCCCACCCACCCACACACACACACACACACACACACACACACACAAAUGGAGAGGUUGUACACAUUGUCAACACUCUGGGUGCCAUGAGUCCGGCGUCCGCCGCCUGACGGGGAUGCCUGGUGCGUGCCCGUCAGCCUGGCUGCGAGUGGCAAAGUUAGGAUGUCAUUGUUUUCAGUGGUGCACUACACACAGCAGUGACAUGUCCACUGAGGAAAAUUAGGUGAAAGGAGAGCCCUUGUGACGGCUGUUGCCCGGCCGGAGGGCGGGAGGUGUGCCUGACGGAGGGCCGAUCACGUCUCGUGGUGCAAGUGACACGCGUGCCGCCGCGCCAGACAGAGUUGGCUCUCACUGUACAUAGCUGCAAGACGCUCGCCUCGAUGCCCUGGCGAGGCCCUUCUCAGGAUGAGAUGCGGAGUCUUGUCUUUAGGUUCAUGAAUAGUAUUAUGAUUGGCUGCCAAAAUAUUUACACUGUGAUUGGAGAUCUGGGUACUAUACACCAGUCCCUGGCACUUUUGUAGAUAGUACAACUAUCCCUGUUAUUCUUUCCCUCAGAGUGACCUUUGCCACCACUCCCACAACGCCGCGCCUGCGCUCGCCAUGUUUACUGAACGACGUCCUUCAGACUGUGAGGCUUCUCAGGAGGAUAAUGUGUGUUGCCAUCCGGCACAAGGAGAAACACAGUAUUUCGCUGAGCCUUAAAAUGUUAUAGUUCAUGUUGUGGAGUAAUAUCCUUGCAUAAAUGCGGUGACCUGCAGGCAGCAAGCGGCGCGGGUGUUCAGUGAGGACGAGGGAGGCUGUCGCGACCCACCUCUACAGGUAAUCGCCACCUUGGCACCCUUCGCCUCGACUGAGCCCCAUCUGCUGCUGCUGCUGUUGCUGCGUGGGUGGAGAGCAGAGGAUCAUUCUUGAGACAAAUGUUUUGUGUCUAAUCUCUAAGGUGUUCUCAACACGUCUGGUUGGUGUGUAGUAUUGUGGGGAACAAGAGCGCCAUGUGGGCACCGGCGGACACGAGGCGCCUCGCCACACCUGUUGACAGAGUGCGGGAGGAAACGAAGCCCCGGCAGCUCCUUGGGGCCCUCCGCCAUGCUACGGUGCCUUAGGGGAAGGUGUCUCCUGAUGCAAUAAGAGUGUAAUAUUCUAUAUAAGUUCAGAUACUUGUUAGUUGUUAUAUGUAUUCAUCUCAAGAAUAUUCAUCUAACCUGUGUAAUAUUGCUCCAUGUCGGAUUACGUGAGUAGCUAACGCCGACCUUCCCUGUUAGUGCCGGUGCGGGCCGCGGCGGCACCCCGGGCCGCGCGCGUGUCCUGGGAGGGAGGCUGGUGGGGGCGGGACCCUGCAGGAGGAGUGGACACGGCUGCGGCCUCGUUGUCAAAUUGUUUCCGCUCAACUCAGCGUAAGGUCAAGUAAUCGAGGCCGGGCUCAGCGCCCCCCUUCAAGGUCUCCUCCAGCCCGGGGUAAAUCUUAUAUGAAAGCCGUAUAUUUUUCUAUAGUUAUGGAAGCCUUAUGAAUUUAUUUUGUUAUCCAUUGACCUACAAUAGGACGGCCGAUCACUGUCGCCGUCGACUAUUUAUAUGAGUUGUCCUGAAGGGGCGGGGUCGUGCGCCUCGCGCGGGGCCGCGUGCGGGAGCGAGUGUCGUCAGGAUAAACCCCGGCGAGAGUUCUGCCGACACGUCAGGAUGACCUUCAGGAGGACUCAGGCCGCGCUAGUGAUGGGAGGCCGCCACGCCAGGCUGGCCCGGCGGGCCGCCGCCGCCUCGCCCCGGCUGGACAACUGGUCGAGUCUUCUCACUGUUGUUUUCCUCUACUGUGAUAAUAAAAGUCAGCGUGCUAG